AAGAUAUGGGAGGGGUUGGGCCUCUUUAAGAGUCAACUUUUGUUUGCAUGCCUCUGUUGCCCUAUUUCUCUUUAGCUGUUGAUGUUGAUCCCUCUCAGAUGGUAUCUAAAAAGAUGUGCUGUCCUAGCAUGACUCCUCAGAAUAGGCUUGCAGGCAGGUGAGAUAGAGAACGUGUCCUGAAACCCUGUCAUUAGCCUGGGAGGGUGAGCUCCCUCUCUGAAUAGCUGCCUCUAGUACUUGCCUGACAGACAUCCUAGCAACUAUGUGCUUUGUGGGUGGGAGGUGGAGAUGAUACCUAAAACUGAAUUUUGGGCAUGGAACAUACAUAAUGGGGUGCAGACAAGCUGCCAUGAGGGUGGAAGGGCACAGGUCACAGUGUGUUUUAGUUCAAAGGCCUAAGUAGAGGGCAAAUGGAUUCACUGGUAAGAUGAAUACCUUUCUGUUCUGCUGAGCUGUCAGACAGCUCUAAGCCCUGCCUUCCCAGGCAAUCAGUUCUUCCUCAUGGAAAUUGUGGCAAACACACACAUCAGAUCAGGCUCCCCUCUUCCCUGUCCUCCAGCACCAUUUUGUGUGAAGAGGAAAGCAAGUUGUAUCCCCUUCAACAUCUCCCAAAGAUGUGGCAAAGCUGUUUGGCAGCUGCCUGUCUCAAUGCAAACAGUUCAUGUCUAGGCUGUGAGGUGCAACCACCAGAACAUAGCUGAUAUGUGUGGAAAAGUCAGAGUGAGCCUGGACAGUCAGGGGAGAUGCAGAGCAGCCAGCCAGAGUUUCUCAGAAGGGAUGAAGGGGCCAUAUGGGGCUGUAGGUGGGCAAGGCAGGCCAGCCUCAGGAGCUGUGAACAUCCCUUCUCCAAGAGUUACAUGUGGAAUCUGUUACUUUUCUGUUCACCCUAUGAAAGUAACAACACUGUGGAAAAGCAUCACUGAUGCCUAGUUGUUCUUCUUUUAUCUGCAGUAGGCACAAAAUUAAAAGAGCUUAAAAUUUAAACCACGAGGAAAACCAAAAUAUUAAAGGAAUAGCAGAGAACUUCAGAAUCAAGCAAUAGUGUGGGAUGAUUGACUGAGCAGUGCACACAGUUAGUGCAUGUGAUGGCUACUGAUGAUCCUGAACUUUUCAACAAUCCCACUGGCUUCAUGUGUGUAGACAACUCCCAAGAAAUUUUAUUUUAUUUUUUUUUAUUUCUCUGUUCUUGCAAGAGGCUUUUUAUGAAACCAGUGCUGUGGGAAAGGACCUUUGUCACAGCAACUGUUAUGACACAAGGAGGUGUGUAAUUAACCCAUAUUUUGUAUCUCUUGCAGAGAAUGAUUGUCAGAUUUGUAGCUGCAAUGUAAUUGAAUGAUGGAGAAGUGAAGUGAUAGGGAGGGACUGAAGUUUCAACAUCUCUUUUAAUAGGGAGGUACCAGCAAAGCAAGAUAAAUCCUUUAUCCUCAGGUCUGUCCUCUGUCUAUGUAGCAGUUUUUCAGAGACAAGGUAGCCCUGUAAGUCAGAAGUGAGAUGUCAACAGUAAGUGUGGUGCUGGUGGUUUUUGUGGUGUCUCUGCUCUUCAUGCAGUUUCUGAAAUUGCAAUGGAUGAGAAGACGGUUUCCUCCUGGACCAACUCCAUACCCUAUCUUUGGAAAUCUGCUGCAGAUGAACUUCCAAAUUCAUCAUGAGAUCCUUAAAAAAAUGGCAAAAAGUCAUGGCAAUGUCUUCACCUUAUGGAUUUUAAACAAUCCUGUAGUUGUCCUGCAAGGGUUUAAGGCAGUGAAGGAAGGUCUGACUGUCCAUGCUGGAGAUGUUGCUGGAAGGCCAGUAAAUGCUGUCUUUAACUUUUUUACUCAUGGAAAUGGUGUUAUGUUCUCCAAUGGUCGGCUGUGGAAGCAACAGAGGCGUUUUGGACUUGCAACAAUGAGGAAAAUGGGAGUAGGGAAGAAAAGCCAGGAGAUUCAACUACAAGAGGAGGCCACUCACCUGGUGGAAUAUUUGCGGAAAAUGGACGGAAAACCUCUGGACCCCACGAUGCCUGUUGUCCACACUGUCUCAAAUGUGAUUUGUUCUGUGAUUUUUGGACAUCGCUUCUCUGAAGACGAUGAAAAUUUUCUCCACUUGAUUGAAUCCGUUGAUACUAUAGCAGCAUUUGGGAACAGCUUCUCUUUUUUUGUAUUUGAAUUAUUUCCCUGGUUUGCAACACAUUUCCUAGCGUCAGUGAAACAGGCCAUUUCCAGCAAAAAUUUUGUGAAUGCUCUAUUAGCAAAGGAAAUUGAAAGCCACAAGGAAAGAAGAAAACAAAAUGAAAAUCAAGAUUUUAUUGAUUACUAUUUGGAUGAGAUAGAUAAAACUAAAGGAGAUGCUGAUGCUACUUAUGAUGAAGAAAACUUGAUGCAGAGCAUUUUUGACCUCUUUCUGGCAGGUACAGAAACUACAGCCACCACUUUAUGUUGGGCAUUGCUCUACAUGGUGCUUUAUCCUGAUAUUCAAGAAAAAGUCCAGAAGGAGCUGGAUGCUGUUCUGGGUUGUUCCCAUUUAAUUUGCUAUGAGGACAGAAAACAGUUGCCCUACACAAAUGCUGUGGUUCACGAGAUCCAGCGCUACAGUAACAUAAUCUUAAUUGCACUUCCCAGACAGAGCCUGAGGGACACAGAGCUGCUGGGAUUUCCUGUUCCAAAGAAUACCAUAAUUUUAGCAAAUAUUGACUCUGUUCUGUCUGAUCCUGGAAAAUGGGAGACACCUGAUCAGUUCAACCCAGGCCACUUUCUGGAUAAAGAUGGAAACUUUGUAAACAGAGAAGCAUUCUUACCAUUUUCCAUAGGGCAACGUGUGUGCAUGGGGGAGCUGUUGGCAAGGAUGGAGCUCUUCAUUAUCUUUUCCACCCUGUUACAGGCAUUCAAGUUCACUCUGCCAGAAGGAGUGAAGGAAGUCAAUACUAAACUUGUUUUUGGGAGCACCAUGAAGCCAUCUCCCUACCAGCUCUGUGCCAUUCCUCGGGUAUUAAUGGAUGCAGGAGUUAAAAGAAGCUCUUGGGGAGAAUCUUCGUAGAAAAGCAGGUAAUAUUAUCUGAGAUAACUCUCCCUUAGACAGCUCAGGUUUGUUGUUGUGCAAGUUUGUUGUAUACAACACAACCAUUGACACCUGGCAAGACGGUUCAGGGAUUUCACCCACUAAGCCAGGCAGUAUUUCAGCUCUUCAGAUGAAAAGAGAGGAGUGGCUUCAUCAGCCAUUUGUGGAGAGCUUUUCAUAAUACUGUCAAGGAGCAAGGACUGAAAGACAAAUUACAACAGGGAAUAGACACAAGGUGUUGAUAAAUUGUUAUUUUGUAUGAGCCCACUGGUUGAUAGCAGCAUGAGAACAUGUCUUAUUUAUGACAGGUAGUCUUCUGGUGUGUGUUUGCUCCAGAUCCUCCAAUAAUUUAUUCAGCUUGAUUUGUUCUUUUAGGUCUUUAGUGGAUUCUUUAUCACAGUUAGCUGGCUUCACAUCAGACAGCAUAAAUUAGCGUAUCAUGACUAACAGAAGAUUUGACACUACUGAAGAAUUCUUGAAGCCCAUUAUGAGCCUGGUGUGGUGCUUAAGGACUUGGUAAAAGAGGAUAAUUAACCUUUUGCAUGUUUGGUUGCUGACAGUUAACAAGGGAUUUUUUUUGACAGCAUUGGGAGUAUAUUCUUCCUGUAUGACAUACAAAGUGGAUACAAUAUGCCAACAGACAAAGGAUGAUUUUUAUGAACUAAUUAAC